GAUGGGAUACAUUGCUUUGGUUCGUGACCAUAGGUUGUACACUACUUUUCGUGAUGCACUGUGGGACACUAAGGUUUCGGACAGCACUACAAAAUGGGGUCCCCACUAUAAUAGUGCCUUAUAUAGUGAGUAGAGAGCGAUUUCGGACACAAGGCUACUGAAAACUAGCAGAAGUUGUUAGCGUUAUUAUAAGUGAUGUUUAUUGAGUAUUUAGCCAUGGGACUGUAUACAAUGCUCUCUCAAAACGGUGUCUGGAGAGGAGCUCGGACUCUGAGCAAAAUAAAGUUCAGCACGUCUUCAUGUUGUGUUUUGAGCAGCGAGUCACACCGAGUGAUUCACGACAGACAGCAGCGUCGGUUCACCAUCAUGCUGCACGACGGAGGUAAAGUGCUAAGCGCGGUACUGAAGUACUCACACAGCAGUGACGAGCGCGUGUGCCUCUUAUCAACGGAAGUUCCGGAGUCUUUCAGAGGGAAGGGAGUCGCUUCGAGUCUGGCCAAGGCAGCACUGGACUUCGUGGCUGAAGAAAAUCUAAAGGCAAGCAUCUCAUGUUGGUAUAUCAAAAAAUACGUUAAUGAAAAUCCACACCGUGGAUACCAGGUGCACAUUGAAGACUAAUAUUUGAGGCAGCCAAAUGAUCUAAAGGAGUAUUUACACCUUACAGAUUCUUAGUUUGCAAAUGAAUGCAUAAAUGCAACAUCAGUUGGAAUGUAGUUGUCUCAAAAUUGACCAGAUGGACUGAAUAGAUGAAGCAUGGUUGAGGCCUCAUUGCCUUUCCUUAAUGAACACUUUGCCCAUAACUGUCAUAUUACGCUCAACUACAGCAGACUGACUCCUGCAGAAUUGCCCACACACAAGACCAGAAAACAUUUAACAGAAUCAUUACAGAAAUGGCAAAAUCGGCCAGAAUGGCCACAGAAAUACUGAUGUGUAUAUAUGACUAGCUCAAGAAGCUCAGUGCCACAGGGGAAAUGGAAGGAGUGAUUUAACUUUUAUCUUGUCCAUUAUCUUUGUGCCUUUCUUAUUCAUCUGUUAAUAAAGAACAAAAUCUGAAAUAA